GAGACGUUGGAGCGCAACAGCCUUAUCGGCUCGGUCUUCGGCAUGGAGCUGGGGCAGGGCAUCCGCUGUCGCCACUGUGAGCAUCACACCAAGCCAUUGGUCCACGCGGAGUACUGCAUCUACUUGAGGACUGGACAGACGGAGACGGACAUCCACGCGGA